CUCUGAUGAUGAAGGUGAGGAGCUGUUUUCACAUCUGGACGCUGUUCUUCAUUCACCGCGAGAGUGGAGUCAGUGGAAGCUUUAAACAGAAGCGGCCUUUUAUUCCUCGCGUCUGUUGUGUUCUUGUUUUGUUGUUUGGGUUUGGCAAACCGUACAGCUUUUUUCUUUAUGUUUUAUGUAUGUUUUACACAAAACCUUCUAUAGAAAAAUCGGUUAUUAGACUGUUAAAAAUUUUACACACACUCAAGAAAUUGCAGCAGUCUUUUAGAGUUGUAGACUUUUAGAUUCUGUUUGAUUUUUGUUCCCCCUUUUUAAAAUGGACUCUUAGGAGAUUCUAAAUUGUUUCAUGUGAUGGAAAAACUGUUUAUUCUCAGCAAAAUUGGCAAAUGUUUCCAUGAGGUUAUGGAUAAGUGUCACAGGAAGGCUGGAUCACAUAAAUGACUGAGAUAAACAUGUAAACUACUUUAGUGUCAAUAGUACAGUAAUAUGACAGAUUUCCUCUCUGACUGACAACUUUACUGCAAGUUUUCUUCACACACUUCAGGAGGUGCUACCAAGAGGAAUAUGUCACUAAAAUGGAAAGCUAAAAUAUGAGUACAUGGCAUCCACAAUAAGCUCGACUGCUCAGCAAAUGUCAGCUUCCAAAAGAAUGCAAAAGGUUACCGCCAUGGAGGGAACUCACCACUGCUCAGAGUGUGGGAAGAACUUCAAAAAUGCAGGUUCCCUCAAAACACACCAGCGCCUUCACACUGGAGAGAAGCCGUAUUACUGCUCAGAGUGUGGGAAGCGGUUUACUCAGUUGGGUAGUCUCCGGAAACACCAGCGCAUCCACACAGGAGAGAAACCAUAUCACUGCUCAGAUUGCGGGAGGUGUUUUACUCAACAGAGCAGUCUCCAAAAACACCAGCGCAUUCACACUGGAGAGAAACCAUAUCACUGCUCAGACUGUGGGAGAAGUUUUACUGCACACAGUAGUCUUCAAAAACACCGGCACAUCCACACAGGACAAAAACCGUAUCACUGCUCGGACUGCGGGAAGAGUUUUACUGCACGUAGUCAUCUUCAGUCACACCAGCGCCUUCACACAGGAGAGAAGCCAUAUUACUGCUCAGAGUGUGGGAAGAGUUUUUUUUCGCAUAGUCAUCUCCAGUCACACCAGCGCAUUCACACAGGAGAGAAACCGUUUCAGUGCUCAGAUUGCGGAAAGAGUUUUAAUCAACAGAGUAAUCUCCAAAAACACCAGCGCCUUCACACAGGAGAGAAGCCGUAUGCCUGCUCAGAGUGCGGGAAGAGUUUUACUCAAAGGAAUCAUCUCCAAGGUCACCAGCGCAUUCAUACUGGAGAGAAACCAUAUCACUGCUCAGACUGUGAGAAGAGCUUCAGGCACUGGUAUACUUUAAAGAUGCACCAGCGGAUCCACACAGGAGAGAAACCGUAUGUCUGCUCAGAGUGUGGGAAGAGUUUUACUCAGCAGAGCAGUCUCCAAGCACACCAACGUAUCCACACUGGAGAGAAACCGUAUCACUGCUUAGAGUGCGGGAAGAGUUUUAAAGAUGGAGGUACCCUCAGAACACACCAGCGCAUUCACACAGGAGAGAAACCGUAUCACUGCUCAAACUGUGAAAAGAGUUUUACUGCACAAAGUAGUCUCCAAUCACACCAGCGCAUCCACACAGGAGAGAAACCCUAUCACUGCAUAGACUGUGGAAAGAGUUUUAAAGAUGCAGGUACCCUGAAAACACACCAGCGUAUUCACACAGGGCAGAAGCCGUUUCACUGCUCUGACUGCGGGAAAAGAUUUACUGCACAAAGUACUUUCCAAAAACACCAGCGCAUCCACACAGGAGAGAAACCGCAUGUCUGCUCAGAGUGUGGGAGGAGCUUUGGUCGACAGAGUCACCUUGAAACACACCAGCGGAUUCACACAGGACAGAAACCAUAUCAAUGCUUAGAGUGUGGGAAGAGUUUCACCCAACAGAAUCAUCUCCGAGAUCACCACCGCAUUCACACAGAAGAAAAGCCGUUUCACUGCUCUGAAUGUGGGAAACAUUUUAAUCAACAGAGUACUCUCCAAAAACACCAGCGUAUCCACACCGGAGAAAAACCAUAUUACUGCUCAGACUGUGAGAAGAGCUUCAGACAUCAGAAUACUUUAAAGUUGCAUAAAUGCACCAAGAGGGAGUUGACAGGUUGUGAUGUGUGAAUUGGUCCUAUCAAAACAAUGAAUUUUCAUGAUUAGUUUUAUGAUCAGAUUAAUGUGAAUGAGGUUACUUUUAUUCCUGUAUUUUCUUGGAUCUUUGCUUGUUUUCUGAGCACCACAAUAUGUGCUUAGAAGGUUAUUAUUCAUUAAGAAGCUGCCUAUGAAUGAGGUGUUCCUCUUCAAACUGCCCGGGGAGACAUGGUAAUGAUGCCCAAGAUCAUGGACGUGGCAUAAAGUGACUGUUUUGAGUUUAUUUAAGACGACCGGAAGUCUUGGACCUGACUGACAAUGACUGUUGGAGACAUCAUGGAUGUCAGAUGGAUGUCAGAGUACAGAGUAUUUAUGCCCACAUAAAUUGAACUGACUUGUUGACUGGUCUUAUCCAAUGAUUUGUCUCUAGGUAAAAUAAUAUCUUUGUCUAUAAAUCGUGUCCUAUAGCUCUUACUCUAACAAUGAAUUACAAAUUAUAAGCACAUUUUCUCAUAAAAAUGUAACUACUUUGUCCAAGUUGGGCUAAGUAUGUAUCCCACAGUUCAGUGUGUUGGUGAUGUUCUAACAUGUUGCUUCAAAGAUAUCAGGGAAGAACAUCAACAGUGUGAGAACUUCUUGCCUCACAUUGAGUGUGUUUACAAGCCCUUAAUAAUUCAAUCACUAUCAGAUUGCUGCAGUUAUUGGAUAAUUAUGUGGUCGUGUAAACAGCGCACUCUGAGUUCUUAAGUCAGAUCAAGUUCUAGAAAUCUGAUAAAGAGGCUGGAUCUGAGCUCAGUAAUGGGGUUUCUCAGUGCAUGUAGACCCUCUGAUUUCUUUUGUUUCUCUCAAUCUGCGCAUGUGUGAAAACAGAGCGCUGUCCCGGAAACAGCGAGCAGUGUUUAACACAGCACCCGCAAGAACAACACAACACUUUUGGAGUGAAACCGACUUUUGGACUCUUGAGAUGAUUCUUCAGCAGUUCUUUAGUAAAGAAAAUGGCUCUGUAUAGAACCAUGAACACUCAAAGAACACUUUGCAUCAUUUGCAUCAACCAUUUGCAUCUACCUGCCGUUUCAU